AUGCGAGGGAAUCAGUUGUCUGGAAGUCUUCCCCUCCAUCUAUGUUAUUUGAAGCGUAUUCAAUUGUUGGAUCUUUCUAGGAAUAAGUUUUCAGAAGGGAUUCCAUCUUGCUUAAACAAGUUUAAAGUAUUGUCUGAAGAAAGCAUCAACAGAACUGAAACUGAGGGUCGUAUUCAUUGGUACAAUACUACUUAUUAUGAAAAUUAUAGUGUUUACAUUGGUGGUUCUUAUGCGCUUCACGUAAGAUGGAUGUGGAAAGGCGUGGAACGCAGCUUCACAUGUCCCGAAUUGAUUCUUCAGAGCAUUGAUCUCUCAUGUAACAAUUUAACAGGUGAAAUACCAAAAGAGAUUACGUACAUGCUCGGGUUAGUUUCUUUGAAUUUAUCAAGAAACAAUUUGAGUGGAAAAAUCCCUUCGGAGAUUGGGAAUUUAACGUCACUAGAUUCCCUUGACCUAUCAAGAAAUCAUUUUUCUGGGAAAAUUCCUCCUACUCUUUCCAAUAUUGAUCGUCUUGCCAUGUUAGACUUAUCAAACAACCAUCUCAGUGGAAGAAUUCCAUGGGGAAGACAGUUGCAAACCUUUGAUGCCUCUAGUUUUGAAGGAAAUGUUGAUCUUUGUGGGAAACCGCUUGAAGAAAGUUGUCCAGGAGAUGAGGCAGUGAGAAAGUCUAAAGGAGAAGAAGUCGAUGAUGAAGAUGAUAAGUCAGUUUUGUAUGGAACACUAUACAUGAGCUUGGGGCUAGGAUUCUUCACAGGCUUUUGGGGCUUAUUAGGGUCAUUACUACUUUGGCAACCAUGGAGAAUUGCAUAUUUGAGGUUCUUGAAUAGACUAAUAGACUAUAUACUUUUAAUGAUUGCAUUGAACAUAGUAAAGUGCCAAAGGUGGCUCAAAGACGAGUAA